CCAGUUGGGCAUUGACGGAGUAGCAGUGUGACGAGUAAGAAACCAGGCGUCGGGUUAGAAGGAUCCACGUUUUUCCUAGUGAUUUGCUAAAGCAUGAAGUGGAAUUUGUUCCUUUUCAUAUGUCUGACUACGACGAGCAUAUUUCUUCUUCAACGUUCUAAAGGAAAUGAAGUUUUUCUACGUUCUGCUUCAGCUACGCUUUCUCCAACGACUCUCAGUAUUCGAAAUCCUCAAACACAUGUCUUGGAAUGGCUUAAAGCGUCCAAUGCGAUUGACGGAGACAACAGAGAGGGAAGUAGCGGUGGGGCAUUUGACGAAUAUAUGAAAUGUGCAAUGACAGGUUUUGACAUUCAGUCCCGAAGAAACCCAUUGAAGUACUUAAAAAUAGAAAUGACACGCAAGGAGAACAUUUCAUACGUAAAACUACAUCUGAGAGACGGUUGGAACAGACAAAGGCAACAGAAUGGACUUACGGUCAGUGUCAGCAACAGCUCCAACAUCGAUUCUGCUACACGUUGUAGCGAUAAAGUGUACGAUGCUUCUACGCACGGGCAAUCGCCAGUGUUUGUUUGUAUGAAUCAAGCACGCUACAUUUGGGUCGUAUUACGAAGCAGUCUAUGGCAUCUUCAAGUUUGCGAAGUUCGAGCAUACACUGGUCCGAUGAAUUUGAAUGCUUCCGGAAAUACGUUGUUGUCAGAUGGCCCAAUUUCUUAUGGUGAUUUGAAGGGAAGCGCUGCUAAUGCUGUAGAUGGCAUAUCAGCGAUCGGUAAAUCAAAAGGACUUGGUUUUAAGUUCUGUGCUGUCAAUAAUUACAGAACAAACGACAAACUUCAGUUUCUUCGCAUUUCUCUCUACCAAAGACAAUCGAUUCUUUCUGUUCGUUUGCACUUGAGAGACUCGGCAAAUGGUUUUACACCAAAUCGCUAUUACCGCAGACUCGACGGCUUAACUGUUAGCGUUGGUAACUCCACCGAUGUGAACGAUGUAAGACGACAUUGCGGGUCAUCAUAUCAAGCAAGCCAAGGACAAUCACCAAUUUUUAUCUGCUACGCUACUGGAAGUUACGUCUGGUUGACUGUAAGAGCAAAUUAUUAUCUUGAGGUCUGUGAAGUGGAAGUUUACGCAGAUGUUCACUGCAUUACUCCUGAUUCUCUUGUCAAUGGCAAAUACAUCAUCACGAAUGACUCGUUGGGUGGGUCUUUGUCAGUGGAAUGCAAUCAAGGGUAUAAAUCUACAUUCUCUAAACCGAUUAUAUGUGAGAGCAGUGGAAAUUGGAGUCAACCAUUUCCAACGUGCAAAGUAGCUGGUUGUAAUCAAUAUGACAAUCCAAGCAACGGGAAUGCUUUGGCGUCUACUGAUAAAUCUGGAGAAAUAAUAAACGUAGCAUAUACUUGCGACAAAGGCUACCAUCUUAUUGGAAACGAAAUUCGACGAUGUGAUCAUGGAAGUUUGACUGGAGAUCCUCCAAUUUGUCAGGCUUUCUGUGAACCUCCUCCGAACGUCAAGAAUGGAAAAUUAUUCUUCAGUGACAAUGAUGGAAAGCAAAACAUCAAUAGUACAGUAACCUACGAAUGUGACAAUGGUUACAAGUUAUCUGAUAAGACAAAGAAAACUAGAAGAUGUUUAUCAAGCAAACAGUGGUCAGGAACAGCACAAUCUUGUCAUUAUAUUGAUUGUGGAAGACCUAGGGUUGCAACCAACGGAAACUUUACUGGAAAUACGACAUACAAUUCAACAAUUACCUUUACCUGUCGCAACGGUUAUUACAUGAAAGGUAUUAGAAAAGCAAAGUGUUUGUCUAACGGACUGUGGAGCAACGUUCCAUCAAAUUGCAUACCAUUUUGUGAACCUCCUCAACUUACAAAUGGAUACCUUGAAUUUAGUGACAAUAAUGGAGUGCAUGACGUUGACAGCACAGUGACCUAUCAUUGUGAUCAAGGUUAUGAGUUAUAUGACGACAAACAGAAAACAAGAAGAUGCCAAGAAGACAGGAAAUGGUCAGGAACUGCACCAACUUGCACGCAAAUACAAUGCUCGGAUAUUUCUAAUGAAAUUAUCGAAGAUGGCAGCAUUCUAAACAAUAAUAGACUGCUUGGCUCUAUUGCUGUGUACGAAUGCAAUAGAGGAUACCGCAUUGCUGGAGACAAAACAAGAGUAUGUCAAUCGAAUGGGAAAUGGUCGGGCAAUCCUCCAGUAUGUCAAGGUAACAAUUGCGUUUCACUUGCUUCGCCAACUAACGGCAACGUUACAACUGAAAUUGUACACACUAUUGUUAUCUCAACUUACUCUUGCGAGUCAGGAUAUCGAUUGAAAAACGGAGAUAGUUCUAGAAUUUGUUUGCCAAGUGGGCUGUGGAGUGGAAAGGAGCCAUCAUGUGAACCUUGCAGCUGUGAUUCUAUUCAAACACGUCAAGAUGCCAAUAAGAAACAACAUGCUGUUGUUUUAGUGCAAGUAACUUCUUCCGCUCAAGAAAACAAAGGACAAGUAUCAUUCAAAGCUAAAGUUAAAAAAGUCUGCCGUGCCAACAAUGCAAUAGCACGCAAGAUAAAGUCUGGAAAUUUUGCUUCACUUGCUGCCACGCAGCAAACUCAGCAUGGAACUUGCCGAUGUCCCGACUUUCAGAAAAAAGUUGUGUACAGAGUAGGGGUCAAGGUCAAUGGGAAAUCCGGAAAAAAAUGGCAACUUGAAGUGCCACGAAAGUUUUAUGUUGCAGAAUCAACAGUAUGCUAACAGAAAGCAGCAGCUGUAUUGCUAAUGUCAGUUGUCUGGUCUUAUUAGUAAAAGAGUAUCGGAUGCUGGUAACUAACAUUCACUGAAUAGUAUGAAAUUAUGGGCGCUUCCAAAUUCUCUUCAACAAGUAGUAUAUUAAAGUGUUUGUUGACAACGAAUUACAUCGUCGUGUACAAGCUUUUCAAAGUGUGAAUAAAAUUCAGUUUACCAACUAU